GUAAGUAGGAAAACCUGCAAAAUCGGCAGUGUAUCAAAUACUUGUUCUACCCACUGUAUGUUUGUUUCCCUAAAAUUAAGUAUUUGUGUGAUUUAAUGAGAUAAGACAUGUUUACAUUUGCGUAUUCAAUCCAACAUAGUGUAUCUUUAAAUACCGCAAUGCGGUUUUAUUGAAUGUUGCUCAUAGUGUCAUUGUGCCAUCCUGGUAGGUUCCUAAGGUGAGUUUCUCUCCCCUAGAUAUGUCGGAGGCUGUCCUCAGGUGUAUGCAGUCAAGCCGCCGACUCCUGGUGGUCCUGAGCCCCACCUACCUGACAGAGAAGAGUGUCGGCCUGCUGGAGUGUCGCCUGGGCCUCUACAGCCAGCUCACCUGCCAUGCCCACAUCAUCACCGUCCUUUACAGCCCCCUCCCGAGACUACUGGCCUCUUGCACUGAGGCCAAGCAGCUACGCCACAGUACUGCCACCAUCACCUGGAGGGGACGCCAGUCGGAGUCGUCCACCUCUCGCUUCUGGAAGCGCCUGCGCCUGGCCCUGCCUGUGAGACCGCUGGCCCUGGGGAGGAGGCUCAUCGACAGCACCUCGUCCCACUCCGACCUGGCCACUUCUUUGGGCCAGCAGUGCCAGCCGCAGAAUGCCGCCGAGCCACAGAGACAGAGGGAUGGCAAGAGUACUGUAGGCAAUAGUGUCAGAGGCAGGGGGCGCAAGUGGAGGAUACAGAGGAUACAGGAGGCACGCAGCAGGGAGAUGCAGAAGGCGGGCCACGGUAAGAACUGUGGAGUGUGUGUGAGAGAACCCCACGGCGUCUUGGGUAGGGCGGCUGUGAAGACCCAGCAUACACAUCAAGCCACAGCAAACAGUAACAGACCUGAGACCCAACCAAGACUUCAUCCAAGCAGCACAGAGACCCAACUAGGACUUCAUUCAAGCAGCACAAAAGCCCAACCAGGACUUCAUCAAAUCAGUACAGAGACCGAAACCAGAACUUCAUCCAAGCAGCACAAAAACCCAAGCAGGAUUUGACCCGAAGAGUACUGAACCUCCAGCAGAACAAUCACAUCCUUCGCCUAGCCAACCACAGAACUUUGACAACUGUGUGUGUGACCUACAGUAGAUAACAAUAAAAGCAGAAAUAUCAGGCAUGGCUGUGCACUGUAGAACACUGUCUGAAGACAGGGGCAACUGCAAUAAACUUGGCUUACAAAUUGCAAAAGGCUAAGGACAUAUCGGAUUAGAAUAGCAGAGACAACUUUGUUUCUUAAGUGGAGAAAUGUGGAAAGUACAUUUUAUGGGUAUGUAAUGACAAACAUUUGACAUUAAAUAUAAAACUCCAGUGUUAGUGACUGAUUGUCUGUUCUGUAUCUCAUUUGGUUCUUCACUGACCUAUUGAAGACGUCACCCGUUCACCAUACACUGGCCUGGGUUGGUUUGUCGACCCAUCUGUUUAUC